AACAACGGCAACAGUGGCGGAGGGGGCGGAGGAGGCGGAGGCCACGGCGGCACCGGCGGUGGCCACGGUGGUGGCCAUGUCGGUGGCGGAGGUGGAGGAGGCCAUUUGAUGGUGGCCAAUACGGCGGUGGACGAGGGUAGUUCCGACGAUGCGAAUACGCCGCUACAAUCGCCGAGAUCACAGAACACCAGCAGAGAAGAAGACGAUAGCUCGAAUGCAAACGAAUCCGAUUGCAAGAGUCCGAAUCAAAGAACCAAAUCGAAUCAAAGAUGGAUGAAGCUACGGACCACUGUACAAAUUUCUUCCGCAAUAUCAGCUAAGAAACCACCUUUAAAGAGAGAAGAUUCAUUUUUACAACGCUUUUCCACUAGGCAGAUACCAGAGACGCAAGAAACUGUAGAGGACACCGGCAGCGAAGGAGGUAAAGCAAAUAAUCAUUCAGCUCCACGUCGGCGAAGGAGACACCGAAAACAACCGAGAACCGUCGUUAAUCCCGAUUCGAACUUUUAUUUUUAUUGGUUACUAGUUUUAACAGUGUGUGUUUUGUACAAUCUUUGGACGUUAAUAGUGCGUGAAAGUUUUCCUGAACUUCAGGAAAUGAUUUCAAGUUUUUGGCUAACCUGUGAUUCCAUGAGUGAUUUGGUGUUCAUUUUGGACUUGGCCGUACAACUUCGGACCGGAUAUUUGGAACAAGGGCUGAUGGUGUACGAUUCGAAAAAAUUAGCCUCUCACUACUUACGCUCUCGUGCCUUUUUGCUGGACUUGGCAGCUUUAUGUCCACUUGAUCUUCUCCAAAUUAGGUUAGGAUGGCAUCCGUUACUAAGAUGUCCGAGAUUUUUAAAGGUAUACCGUGCCGUUAAUUAUUAUUAUAUGGUAGAAUCCAGAACUGUUUGGCCGAAUUUAUGGAGAGUGAUAAAUCUAAUUCAUAUUCUUUUGAUACUUGCUCAUUGGUUUGGAUGUUUCUAUUUUUUACUAUCGGAAGCGGAAGGUUUUCGGGGCGAGUGGGUGUAUCCAUAUCGGCCAGGAGACUACGCAACGUUAACACGAAAAUAUUUAGGAUCUUUAUAUUGGUCAACGCUCACUUUAACGACCAUAGGUGAUCUACCAACACCAGAAACCAAUGCCGAAAACAUAGGAUCGGUAGACGGCCCUCGUUCACUGCCUCGAAGAGGGGUCAAAUCACGUCUGUUGCAGUUCAGCACCAAUAACGGGUAUAUUUUUACUAUCGUAAGUUACCUGAUUGGUGUCUUCAUCUUUGCAACAAUUGUAGGACAAGUUGGCAAUGUGAUAACUAACCGAAAUGCUAACAGAUUAGAAUUUGAACGUCUUCUAGAUGGAGCCAAAACUUACAUGAGGCAUCACAAGGUUCCGGGCGGUAUGAAACGAAGAGUUUUAAGGUGGUACGAUUACUCAUGGUCAAGAGGACGUAUACAAGGUGGAGGAGAUAUUAAUACAGCCUUGGGGCUGCUUCCAGAUAAACUUAAAACUGAGCUUGCCUUACAUGUCAAUUUAAGUGUUUUGAAAAAAGUAACUAUAUUCCAAGAGUGCCAACCAGAAUUUUUAAGGGACUUAGUCCUAAAAAUGAAAGCGUAUAUUUUCACACCGGGCGAUUCGAUAUGCAGGAAAGGAGAAGUGGCUCGUGAGAUGUUCAUCAUCGCUGAUGGUAUAUUGGAGGUGAUCAGCGAACACGGAAAAGUCCUAACAACGAUGAAGGCUGGAGACUUUUUUGGAGAAAUCGGAAUAUUAAAUCUGGAUGGAUUAAACAAGAGAACAGCUGACGUAAGAUCGGUGGGAUAUUCGGAGUUGUUUUCCUUGUCCCGUGAAGAUGUUCUGAACGCCAUGAAGGACUACCCGGAAGCUCAGGAGAUUCUUCAAGCUUUAGGUAGGAAGAGGCUGAUGGAGGUAAAAGCGUCAGCGCGUAACCCACCUAACAAAGACCACCAUCACGGACACGGUCAUGGCGCAGAAAAAGGACUCGUCGACAAAAUUAAAAGCGAAGCUAAGGGUUUAAGGAACGCCUUGAAAAAGUCAAAAACUCAUCGCAGGUCAGAGGAGUCUUUGGAACUUCAACCUCUUCAUCCACCAAUGUAUGCUAACAAAGCAUGUCUAAAGAGGAUGUCAAGAGUCAGAUCGCACGAUCUUAGUCAAGAAGAGAGCGACCGAAGGGAUACGAGUGCCUCUGAACCAGCGACUUCGCCAAUAGGAGCUGGUCUUCCACUUCUACAGAGAUUGAAAUUGCUCAAAGAAAAACAAGAUAACGAAGAAAAGGCCAAAAGCAGCAUCUCACCUCCGAUGUUAUCUCCAACGUCUUCCACAAUACGAUCACCACCACCCAUAAGCGAGGAACCCUCCACGGAAGAGACAAUCGGUGCAGGUCUCCCGCUCCUCCAGCGGAUUCUUAUGCUUAAAGCCAAAGAGGAAAAGGCUAGAGCCGGCAAAACAGUCACUAUGACUCCUAAAAGUGUGACGGGGCAGUUGUUUAGCGGAAUGAGCCUGGGAAAAACACCUUCUCAAAAUCAACAAAUGACGCCUUUAUUGAACGCUGUGUCUGGUAGAUCAUCAAUUUCUGGUCCGACGAAAGGCCCUCUGUCAAUGGUUACUUCCAAAGCAGCUGCUCCGGUAAAACUUCUUAACAAUAAAAUAUCUCUAAGGGACAGAAUUAAACUUGCAACAGGUACGAAAGAAAAAGAUGUCAGUAUUAAAGACUCUCUAUUAAAGGAGAGCGAUUCCCCAAGCAAAGACUCUUCUUUAGUUAAGCCAGUGCUAACGCAACCGUCCAGUGACAAUAACCAUUCAGCCGACGACGCGAGUUGUCAGACUGUCAGUGUUAGUGCCGUGAGUGAAAGCACAGUCGCGAGUGAUAGUACAACCCUAACGAACAACCAGACUACAAUUAUGAAAACUGAUAGUGGUGAUAAAAACGAACCUCAUUGGUUGAAGCUCAAAAAAGCGGCCAUUUCGAAAGAUGUGGAUACAAGUUCUGUGACUCUGUCCAAAGAGAGUCCAGAGGAACUUAAAAGUAAGACAGAGACUGAGGUAAUGGUCGCACCGGUGGAAAAGCCUAAACUUAAGCCUAAUCUAUUUUUAACUAGACGAACGAAACAUUAUAGGUCAAUCGACGAUUUAUCUCCUGAAUACGGACCCCUUCCUUUUGUAAAGAAACUUAAAAUUCUCAACGAACGGCAGAAGCUAGAAGAACUCGAACUCGUCAUGAAAACGAGAAGUUUUUCCUUGGAUAUUCCUGAUAACCAAAGUUUCGAUAACGACACUUUGACUAGGUCUCACUCCGAAGGUUCCAGUAUGCAUCACGAACAGCAUCGAACGGACAAAAACUUUUUGACUGCUCCGCUUACAUCAAGCCCUCUACAUUCUUCCAAUGAGUCUAAUGAAACUAUAGAAAGAAGAAACUUAAAAUCCAUAUUAAAGAAGUUGUCCGAAGAUACUAAAGAAAAAGAUGUGAAUGAUGCCGCUAUGCCGGAGAAAAUUGAUUCCACUGAAUUUAAAAGGUUAAUGCGAGCACCAACAAUAGAAGGGUACGCUGCAAGGCAUAGCAAACUAUCAAAAAGUGUAACUUUUAACAGAGACACCCUCCAAAGUCCACCAAAUAGUGCCAAUUUGACAGGAACUCCACACAGCUUAUUUCCUAUUGUCCCUUCACCCUUAGAUAAUGGUUUAGAUUUACCUCAGGAUGAGAAACAAAUGGAAUUAGAAAAAUGUGGAAUCCAGAUCGUGCCUAACAAACCUAAUAACCAAGUAAAAAUUCAUAAAGGUUCCUUAGAAGAUGAACAACAAUAUUUUGCUGAUAUUCUUAUGGCUAUAAAACAAGUGAUGAGUGCACAUCUUCAAGAGAUUCAAGGGAAGUACCAACAGAAAUUCGAAAUGUUAGAAGAGGAAGUAAGAACGAAAGAUGAAAUCAUCACGCAACUCAAAGCACAUAUCUCUGAGUUGGAGAAAACCAACGAAGAUUCUUUCACACCUAGUGAUUCGUUAGAUACAAUAAUUAGUAGAGAAAGGCACUCGUGGGAAGACCCGUCACAUGAUGAACAAGAAGAAUUAGAAGAGCUACCCCGUCCAAUUCAUGCUUGGUCUUCUUCUUCUUCGUUACCUUCACACAACGUAGUUUUGGAUAUAGAUUCAACAACAGACACGGCUGGAGAGACUUCAGAACCCGAAGACACCGAAUGCGAUUCGACAGAAUACGAAAACUCCAGCCAGAAUUGGGAAAUAGAACUUUUAGCUGCACAAAUGAGAAAAAAACGAUCAGCCAGUUUGGAUCACACGAUCAGUAGGCCGUUCAUCAAAAAACGAUUUAUUAAGGGCUCAUCGGUGGACCAUGAUUGAUAUUUAGUUUUAUUAUGUUGUGAUAAGUAUUUAAUUUUCAGCGAAAUUUCGUGGCAAAAGAAAAAGAAAAAAUGUUUAGUAUAAGGUGAUACAAAAGAUAAAAGUAAUAUGAAAUGAAGGAAAGGUCGACUAUAAGUUUAAAUUUUGCCGAUACAUUAAAAUAACUUUUUUGUGGCUUAUACAUUAUUUAUAAUUCAACCAGUUAAAAACUAAACUAGCAUUUUAUAGCUACAUUCUGUUUGUUGGUU